AUGAGAGCAGUAGAUCUUGGAAAAUUACCAUCAGUUGCGAUGGUUGUCUAUAGUCACGAUUUGGAGUUGAGGUUUUUCAUUCACUACUGUAUCUCGAAAGGGAUUGAUGUUGUCAAGUUUAACAUCCAGCUGAAGAUUUGUGUUCAUUAUGUUCCUUCUUCUUCUUCUUCUUCUUCUGUUGCUCCUUCUUCGUCAUCAUCAAGUUGUGUUUCAAACAAUGAAUUGGAUAUUGUAGAAGACCUGACGAAUGAUUCAUCUUUGAUCAAAAGGGCCCCCAAGAAGUCAGAUGCUUGGGCCAACAUCUUAACUGGAGUAAGGCAGGUUUUUGAGAGUAAAAUUGAUUGUCGUGAUACUAUUAAGAAGUACGAAAUUCAUAGUGGUUACAAACUUGACGCACGUAAGAGUGACAAGAAACGUUAUACUGUGCAGUGUAAUAACAAGAAAAGUCAAAAUUGUAGCUGGAGGUUUCACGCAUCUCUCGUUGCCAAUACUAAAGGUGUCUUUCAGUGCAAGAAGUUUCGCGGAGAGCAUUCAUGUGAUUUAGCUUCUUCUGAUCCCGCAAAAGUCAGGAUGACGAAGUCUUUUCUGAAGGAUAUCUUAAUGGAUGAAUUUCGAGCAUCAAAGAAGAAGAAGACUGCAGCCGAUGUCCAAGAUCUGCUCCAUCUGGAAUAUGGUAUUGAUCUCACUUAUAGUCAGGCAUACCAUGGUUUAAACGUGGUCAAGUUUGAGUAUGAUAGUGAAACGAAGCAGUUCCAGAGGUUUUUUGUUUUUUUCGAAGCUUCUAUUACUGGUUUCAAUAAGUACUGUCGUCCGAUGUUGUUUAUUGAUUGUAAUUUUCUCACUGGGAAGUUUAAGGGUGGUCUUAUGGUUUCUUGCGGGAAAACUGGUAACCAAGAGAUCUAUCCAGUUGCAUUUGGAAUCGUACCUUGCGAGAAUUGUGAGAGUUGGGAAUGGUUCUUAACCAAUUUAAAGGGUAUUAUCAGUGAAGACCGUCCACUGACCAUCAUAUCAGACCGUGGAGCUGGCCUUUUGAAGCAUGUCCCUCUUGUCUUUCCAAAAGCUUACCAUUCUUUCUGUUUGUACCACAUGAAGGGUAAUAUUCCGGUUCCAAAGGGCAAGAGUAUGCAAACUGCUGUGAAGCUGUUUGAAGAGUGCUACACUGCGUUAACAAAGGAGAAGUUUUAUGCUGCUGCCAAGAGUAUGAGCAAUCUGAAGCUGGAUUCAGUUUUUGAUUGGAUGGUAAAGAAUCUGUUCAAGAACUGGGCUGCUCAUGCAUUUCUAGGAGAAAGGUUUGGUGAGAACACAUCAAACAUUGCUGAGAGUUUUAACAGUGUGAUUAAGCAUGAUAAGCGGCUUCCAGCACUUGAGCUUAUAGAUUAUAUUCGUGCUUAUGUAAUGGAGCAGAACUACAAGAGGAAGGCUAGGCUCAACAAGAGGGUUACUGACUGCCGAUUUUACAAGUUCCGUAGAUCAAGUGAUAAAGUUUUCGAGAUCAUUUCUCCUACUGGAAAGCACACAGUCGACUUGGAUGCUAAGACAUGCACUUGCAAUUGGUGGCAGAAGCAUAGUUUCCCUUGCACCCAUUCGAUGAAAGCGAUGUUGCAGAUUGGGCCAGAUGAACCUUACAAGUACAUCAUACCAUAUUAUACCACCGAGUACUAUAGAGGUUUGUAUGCUCGUCCUAUCUGUCCUAUUCCCGACUGUGAGAGGCCUCCUAAAAUCAAUGAGGAAGGUUAUGUUUUUCCUCCCAAGAGUCAGCUGGAAGGCCAACUACUUCAAGGUAUAGGGUUUCUCGAGAGAAAGUUCGCAAGAAAAGGAAGUGUGGUCAGUGUGGAAGAUUUGCCUUCCACAACCGUCGUAGAUGUCGCAGAGCUCCUUUGGCUCCUCGUGCACCAGUCUUCCGCAAGGAGUCUAACUCCAAAAUGA